UUCUUAAGCAAAAAAAAAAAAAAAAAAAAAAAAAAAAAAAAAAAAAACAGAGAGAGACCCAAAUUCACAUUUUUCAUUUUUCACAUCUUGGUUUGCAUAAAAGAUUGUUUUUUAUUAAUCAAUGGGGUGAUUUUUCUUGUAAAGAUUGGAUUUUUAAUCCUUCUUGGGUUAUUUGGAGAUGAUGGGUGUUUCUAUUUAUAGAAGGAUGUAGCUGGACAAUAAUUUUCUUGAAUCUUGAUUAAUAAAGUUGUGAACUUUAACAUGGAUUUUGAUUUUUAAGGGUGGUAAUUAGAUGGGGUUAAUUGUUCUUGGAUUUCUUGGGGGCUGUUUGGCUAAUCUAAGUUGGUGAAAAUUUGAGAAAAUUAAUUAUAAAAUUGUUGUUUGUGAAAUUUAUUGAAGUGGGGUUGUUGGUAUCACCAUGGAUCAUGUUGUGGGUGGGAAGUUUAAACUUGGAAGGAAAAUUGGUAGUGGUUCUUUUGGUGAACUUUAUUUAGGUGUGAAUAUACAAAAUGGAGAAGAAGUUGCCAUUAAGCUGGAAUCUGUCAAGACAAAGCACCCUCAACUUCAUUACGAGUCAAAAAUAUAUAUGCUUCUCCAAGGAGGAACCGGGAUUCCCAACCUCAAAUGGUUCGGAGUUGAGGGCGAGUACAAUGUAAUGGUCAUUGACCUUCUUGGACCAAGUUUGGAAGACCUCUUCAACUAUUGCAAUAGGAAGUUCACUUUGAAAACAGUUUUAAUGCUUGCGGAUCAACUAAUUAAUAGAGUUGAGUAUAUGCACUCAAGAGGAUUUCUUCACCGAGACAUAAAGCCAGACAACUUUUUAAUGGGCCUAGGUCGCAAAGCAAAUCAGGUUUACGCCAUCGACUUUGGGCUUGCCAAAAAGUAUAGGGACCUACAGACUCACAAGCAUAUACCAUACAGAGAAAACAAGAAUCUGACCGGCACAGCUCGUUAUGCCAGUGUCAACACAAACCUAGGAGUUGAGCAAAGCAGAAGAGAUGAUUUGGAAUCUCUGGGCUACGUGCUUAUGUAUUUUCUUAGAGGAAGCCUUCCAUGGCAGGGACUGAAAGCUGGUAGCAAGAAGCAGAAAUACGAUAAAAUCAGUGAGAAGAAGAUGUUAACUCCAAUAGAGGUGUUAUGCAAAUCCUAUCCUUCAGAAUUUAUAUCAUACUUCCACUAUUGUCGAUCAUUACGGUUUGAAGAUAAACCUGACUAUUCAUAUUUGAAGAGGCUGUUCAGAGACUUGUUUAUUCGUGAAGGUUAUCAAUUUGACUAUGUUUUUGAUUGGACCAUUUUGAAGUAUCCUCAGAUUGGUUCCAGUUCUAGAGGACGAAUUCCUAGUGGAAGUGCUGGACUAAAUGCUGGGCCGUCUGCUGAAAGACCAGGAAGGGCAUCGGUUGGACAAGAUAUUCGAGAGAGAUUUUCUGGUGCUGUUGAAGCAUUUUCGAGAAGGAAUGGUUCCGGUACGGGAAGGCAUGGGGAACAUUCCAGACACAAGACUUCAGAGGAUAUGACUUCAUCUAGAGAUGUGCAAGCUGAUUCAGAAAGAGGCCAUACUUCGAGAAAUGGUAGCUCUUCAAAAAGGGCUGCCAUUUCUAGCAGCAGACCGAGCUCUUCUGGUGUUGACCCCACCAUUACUGAUAGUCGCUCGAGCAGAUUAGUAUCAAGCAACGGGCGCGUGUCUACCACACAAAGAAUUCAUUCAAGUAUGGAACCAAAACCAUCACCUUUCUCACGUAAGGGGACAUGUGAUGACCCUCUUCGGAGCUUUGAGUUCCUUUCGAUCAGAAAGUAAAAAAGCAUGCACUUGUAAAGAGAAUUUCCUGUUUGUUUUGGAACAUUGCAAAAUCCUAUUUAAGGAUGUCUUUUAAGUGUUGUAUAUUGAAAAAAGUUCUCUGUGACAACUGAAAGCUUGUCCAACUUUCCAUUGUUCCUUGUUUUGGUUUUGAUUUAGAGCUUGAGUUCUGACCAUUUGUAAAAGCCUUUUGACUCAUCCAAAGAAUUGAUGAGUAAAAUGCUAGAGUUUCAUACAUGUACACUCGGAUAGUAUGUAAUAAAUAUUGUUAUUGUAUCAAUGAAUGUAUCUUUUUCACUCAGUAGAAGAA